CAUAUUUAGUAACUAUAACAUGAAGAAAUUUACCGAAGAAGAGGUUGGAAAGCUCACAAAGUUAUUCUUGAAGAAAUUUUUAGACAUCCCAAAGAUCCUAAAUACACUUGACUCAGAUAUGGCUGAAGAAUUCAAGAAAAGGAAUGGAGCAGCAUACUAUGAUAAAAUGACUAGAGGUCUUAUUGAGCAUAAUCACUCUCACGAUGAUGGAGACUUGUGUGAAGAAAUGCAUUCUACCAUCUUUAUUGAUGAAAAAGAUCAAAACGCAGUUGAAAAGCUGAUUGCUGAAGAAAUUUACCCUCCACGCUUUAAAUUAGGGCUUAAAAGUCUUUUAGAAGAAAUUCACUAUUCAUACAAGAUGAUCCUGAGUAGACUCCAAGCUAAAGUAGAAGCAGGUGAGGGUCCUGAAUCAGUUAUUCCAAUGUUACCAGGGAUGGAAAAGCCUAAAGAAAUCACCUUCAGUGAGGAAGAGUGCAAGCAGAUCAUGAAAAAGAUUUCCUACGAGAGUGUGAACAGAUAUUUCAAAAACAAAAUUAAGGCAAAGAUUAUGGAGAAGGAGAAAACAUAUGCUCAUCAGCCAAUGUUGCUUGCUUUUCCUAAUGGAGCCCCAAAAGAAGCUGAACUAGAUCAGAUUGAAUCAACUAAUAUAGAAAAGUUUAUGUCAAAGGGAUUCUGAGUGCAAAAACAAUUCAUUAAUUUCUCGAAAACUGAGUUAUGCUUUAAAGAACUUGUCCAGCUUCAAAGAGAAGGAAGAUUCCAAGAUAUCAGGACUCUCCAAAAUAUGAUGGAGAAGACGAGAACUGACCAGACUCUUAAGUUCAACUAUCAUCAUCUUGGAGAGGAAGAAGAAGUCAAAGAGCUAAAGCCAACUUGUGAGAAGUUAAGCUGGCUUCCUUUUGAAUGUAACAAAUAUUGUCCAGACCUUAGUCUUCAAGUGAAUGAGUCUAUAGACAUUCACUAUUUCUCAGAAAAAGAAUCUUUCUACAAAAGACACAAAAAUUCUGAUAAAAAGUAUGAUACUGGGAUUAAGGUGACUGCCAUAUUAGUCGUUAGAGAAUUUGACAUUCUCGACACUGAAGAUAAAUCCAGAAUCAAAUUAGAGAACGAUCAAGGUGAAAUUGAAGAGUUAGAGUUAGGAAAAGGUGAUCUCUUACUUUUAAAAAGCAGAGAGAUCUACAUUGAAUUCUCCAAGCAUUAUGAAAAGACUUUCUACGUGUGCACAAACAUUUCAGGCCCACUAAAGCCACAUGAAUAAGCAAGUUGUAG